CAGCCAAAAUUGUGACGUCACUGUCGUUUUCGAUGCGUAGGUGUCGCGGAAAGUCCUAUCCACGUUACCAUGACUCAUCGACGCUCGUGAUCCUGAUGCAACCGGUCUGAAACGUGCCAGCUCAUUCUCGGAACGUUUUCGAACGUUCGAUUCUAUUUCCAGAAAUUACAACAUACAUGGGGUAUAAAAGCCCGGGUUUGGGUUUGCUGACAGAAUCAAGCGACUCUACCGCUACCUGCUGACGUGAAAUCAAGACAAAAAGAAGCCUAUCGAAGUUCUAUCGUCUGCUGAAAAGAUAUUUCACAUUCAAACACCUGUUGAAACUUAUCGUCACUGAGAAUCAGCCCGAACAACACGAUGCAGUCUGUGGUUGUCAAAGUGUUUUAUGAGCAUGAGGGGAGAGGAAGACCCGAGGUCCGGCGUUUCCCUGGUCCUAAGGACGCCGCCCCUACACACACCUUCGUCCACGACAAGGUGACCCAGGUGUUCAAACAACUAGAGGCGGGGACAUUCAACAUGUACUGGAAAGAUGGUGAAGGCGACUUUGUGACGUGCUCCACGGAACAGGAGAUGGAUGAGGCCCUCUCUUCCGUCAAGGAUUCCGUCCUCAGAAUCUACAUCCGAGAUGUCUCUCCUGCCGUAUCCGAGGAGGAUGAAUGGGACUUUGACCCGAGGAUGCAGGGGUGGGGCCGAGGGUGGGGCCGAGGGUGGGGCAGAAUGGGUGGCAUGCGAGGUGCAGGCAGAAUGCCAAUGGAAGGAAUGGCCCCUCCUCACUUUCACCGAUGGAUGAAGCGCAUGAAACGCUGGAAGAAGAAGAAUCAGUGCCAUGAGUCAAGGACUGAAGGGGAGGCCACUCCCGGUGAAGAGUCCGACAACACAGCAGAUAAUGACGCCCAAGCGAAAACUACGGAAGAUGCACCUGAGGUCAGAGAGGGCACUGCUGAUGGUAAUGAUACAGAAAUGAAGACAGAUGGCCAAAGAGGAGCGAGAAAGUGUGGCAGAGGAAAGAAGGGAAGCCGAAAAUGUCAUAAUCACGAUCGACACCAUGUUGAAGACUCCCAGACCGAAGAGGAUGGAAUCUUCGGAUCCUCGGAUGAGGACAUGCCCCCGCCAUUUCUCGGCCACCCUGGUAUGUUUGCAGGUGGCCCAAUGCAGUUCUGGGGCAUGAUGGGAACGCAUCCUUAUGCCUGGGGUGAAGGUUGUUGGAAACGAAGAGGAUGGGGGAGACGUGGUGGUCGUUGUGGUCGUGGAGGUUGCAAGAGGCGAGGGGAACACUUCAGUGAAAUGGAACCAUGGAACGACAUGGGUUUUGCCGGAUGGGAAGAUGGACGAGGUGACCCUAGAGAGGGCGGCAGAGGUCGAUUCAGGGGUCACCCUCGAGGUGAAGGUCAUGGUCAGGCACAGUGCCCUCGCAGACGCUGCCGCCGUCACAAUGAGGCUGAUGAGCCAAUGGAAGCCUGCGUAGAAGAAAUGCGCAACGUCAAGGCCACUGACGACGUCAUCACGCUUGAUGAUGAGGACGAGGCGCCCAAGAUGUAGACAGCUGAUAUUUGAAAGAGACGGACAUGUGCAGCAUACUAUUUGAUUGCAAUUUGAAUGCGUAAUAUAAUUCACGGACUAUAAAAUGUCCAUAGUUCAAUAUAUUUUUUGUCGGACAUUGCCUAUAUUUAAAUAUUGAUUCUUAUUGAUUGAGCAGUGGCGCAUGACAUAGUGUCCUAAUAAUUAUGUGAUGCUUGAACGUACAUGUACACAUGACUAAGAUGUUGUCGCUAUGAUAACAGUAGUGGAAUAUACUUUUUGUAAAUACAACAUUCAUGAUUUCAUUAAGUAUUGUGUCAUAUAUAUAUGCUUUUGCUGAUACUGUUAUGUUGUUUGUUAUUUGAAUUACUUGAAUUUUGUUUUCCAAGAGCUGAAAUAAAUGUAUUUAUUGUAAACCAA